AUGAAAAUGCCUCUUCGCAAGCCCUCAUCGACCAUGGCGGCAACCGCCAAGGAGGUCACCCCGACGAUAUCCCCUUCCAGUGACUUAGUUUCCCGUUAUGCCCCUGAAGAGUCCCGAAAAGGCGCUGAUAUCAUCGUGGAAGCACUCGAACGUGAAGGGGUCAAGCACGUGUUUGCUUACCCGGGUGAAGCUUCAGUGGAGAUCCACCAAGCUUUAACCCGGUCUAAUGUAAUCCGAAAUGUCCUUCCACGACACGAACAAGGUGGGGUCUUCGCCGCAGAGGGUUAUGCUCGCUCCUCCGGCCUUCCCGGCGUUUGCAUCGCAACUUCCGGUCCGGGAGCAACUAACUUAGUGAGCGGCCUAGCUGAUGCGAUGAUCGAUAGUAUUCCUUUAGUAGCAAUCACCGGCCAAGUCCCUCGGAGAAUGAUCGGCACUGAUGCUUUCCAAGAAACUCUCAUUGUUGAGGUAACAAGGUCUAUUACAAAACAUAAUUAUCUUGUUCUUGAUAUAGAUGAUAUACCUAGGAUCGUUAGUGAAGCUUUCUUUUUAGCUACAUCUGGCAGACCAGGCCCUGUAUUGAUUGAUGUACCUAAGGAUAUACAGGAACAACUUGCUGUUCCUAAUUGGAACCAGCCUUUUAGAUUGUCUGGUUAG